AUGUGACUCAUAAAGUUAUAAUGCCUAUCUUAAACCUACUAGACAAAGGGCAAAGGCAAUUCUUUUUCAACAUUUUAUCUUUAUUAUUUUCCCUUUAAUUUUAAUAUUUGUUGGGGCCAUUUCCCAUCCAUCAUCUUCUCAAUCUCAUUUCCAUAUAAACUUCGUCUCACCUUCCCUCAACUUUCCCCAUCAAAUAUGUGAAAUUGAAUUGCAGCAUUUAACUUUUCGCAAAAUUUGACUGAUAUCAAACCUACGACCAAUCUCCACCGUCCGAUCAAAAAUCAAAUUCCUUGGCAUCCAUCAGAAACCCCCAACAAAACAGCUUUUUGUCUCAAUUAUUAUUAUUAUUAUUAUUGUAAUAUAAUAGUAGUAGUAAUUAAUAGUGUCUUAAGAACAAACUUAAAAUACCUCUGGCUUCGUGUCUAAGGUUUCUUGCAGAGAUUAAAGCACGAAACCCCAAAAUUUCAGUUAAAAUUUUCGCGGGCGCUAUAUAAGGCGCUUGGUUUUUGAUACUGGGUUUCUUCUUCUUUUGCUUUUUUUUACAUUUUUUUUAAUAUUGAAUAUCGAAGAAGAAGGAGAAACCAGGGAUGGAUGAUGUAUGGGUUUUCGAGAAAUUUGAUUCUCGGGAAAAUGAAGGGAUUUUGGGAGGAAGUGAAGAAAACAACAAGGAAAAAAGCGAAGGAGAAACUACCGGUUUUAAUAGGCAGCAGCCAACAUUCAAUUACGAUCUUAAUCUGCAGCCAGAGGAAGUUGAUUUUGGAUUUCCCGAGAAACAAACAGAGAGUGUUGUUCUUGGUGUUGAUUCGAAGAGAAUGGAAAGAUACCCAGAUGUUGAAAUCGUUGGUUCUUCAAGUAAAAAGAGGAGAUUUUCUGUUGAAGAAAAAGGAAAAGCAAAAUUAGAUGGGUUUGACGAUCAAGAAGAAAAACUGAAUCUUGAUCUUAAGUUGAGAAUGAUGCCGACGGAGAUAGAUAGCUGGUUUUCAAUUUUGGAUCCACAAGUUGAAGCAGAGAAGCAAAAUUAUGCUGAAAUUGAAUUUUUGGGAAGUGCUAAUACUGUUAAUCCUAUUAUUGAUCGUGUUGUAGAGGAGGUUAGUUAUAAAGGGUAUGAUGAAAUGGAUGAUUUUUAUGUCUCAAGAAAAAGGGAAGAAUCAAGAAGGCACCAUGAGAUUGCUAGAAAAUUUGCUCAAAGGCUUGCACAUGAAGUUGAUUCUGAAGGGGACCUUUUCAAAUCUUCUACUAAGACAGACAAGGAUGGAGCUUUGAAGAAUGUUGUUGUUGAUGAGGAGGAUAAAGCAGAUGACUUACAAAGUCCUUUUGGUAUGGCAACGGAGAUGAUCAAAACCCGAAAUUCGAGUGCAACUGACAGAAAGAAGUACUCUAGUGAUGGAUUGAGAUCAGAGUUCAAAUGGGUACCUAAGAAUAAUAAAGUAUCCUCUUUUAUGGCUCUUGAGGUUCCGUCGUUGCUGGACCUUAGCUUCCGUACUCUUGCAAAGAAUGCCGAGGCAAUGGUAUCACUCCAGCAUGUUCCUGAUAUGCUAAGGCAUAAGCUUAGCCAGUUGGUGUGUGAUUAUAGGAAAAUGGAUGCUCAUUUUUUGGAACUUCUUGCUAGCGGAUCACCAACAGAGAUACGAGUGAAUGACUGUUCACGAGUAACUGAAGACGAAUUCACCGAGAUAUUUGGCUGUUGUGAUACUAAGAACUUGAUUCAGGUGCUGCAGCUUGACUUGUGCGGGUCAUGCAUGCCUGAUUAUGUGUUAGAAGACACCUUAGCUCGUUCAACAAAAAGCCUUCCCGCUUUAGUUACCUUGUCUCUAAAUGGUGCAUAUCGUUUGUCUGACAAAGGUCUAAAUGCACUUGCAAUGUCUGCACCCACUCUGCAAUCAAUAAAUCUGAGCCAGUGCUCCCUUCUCACAUCUGCUGGCAUCAACAAUCUAGCUAGCUGUUUUGAAUCCACCUUAAGAGAGCUUUAUUUAGAUGAAUGUCACAAUAUAGAAGCCAUGGUUGUAUUGCCUACACUGAAGAAGCUUAAAUGUCUGGAAGUGCUGUCAUUGGCUGGAAUUCAGACUGUUUGUGAUGAUUUUGUCAUUGGAAUGGUUGAAGCAUGUGGAAAAAAUAUGAAAGAACUUGUUUUCGCUAAUUGUGUGGAAUUGACUGAUAUAUCUCUCAAAUUUGUGGGGAAAAAUUGUUCCAGAUUAUGCUCCCUUGACCUUUCUUACUUGCGUAACUUGACAGAUUUAUCAAUGAAAUAUCUUGCCAAUGGCUGUCCAUCAAUUAACAGGCUUAAACUGUGCCGCAAUGGUUUCAGUGAUGAAGCUAUUGCAGCUUUCUUGGAAGCCUCUGGAAGUUCUCUAACUGAACUUUCCCUGAAUAACAUUGUUUCGGUUGGGUUGAACACUGCAUUAUCACUUGCCAAAUGUUCAAGAAAAUUGUUGAGUUUGGACCUAUCAUGGUGCCGCAGUUUAACAGAUGAGGCACUAGGGCUGAUUGUUGAUAGUUGCUUGUCACUGAGGCUGUUAAAACUCUUUGGAUGUACACAGAUUACAGAUGUGUUUCUAAACGGGCACUCAAACACCCAGGUGCAGAUCAUUGGACUGAAAAUGACAACAAUAUCAAAACAUCUCAAUGUGCUUGAACCCCAAGAAGCUCCAUUGCGCUAUUCUUUUGUCAAUAGUUUAUGCUGAUUAGUGCACACUUGAAUAACAAGGUUAAUCAGUUUGCCAGGCUCAUCUUCAUUCAUUUGACUUAUAUAACAGCAACACUCACAACUAAAAGUAUCAUCUUUUCCUUGUCCAUUCAAAGCCUUCAGUUUUGGAAACAUACCUAUGAAAUAAUUACCAGACACCAGAGCAAACUAAUCUCUUUAGAGAUAUACCUCACUCUUUUUUGGUGUCCUAGCACAUCCACAAUCAUCCAAAACCUGUAUAUGGUCGAUGGAAUAUUUUGGAUAGUUUUUAUGAUCAAAUUAAAGAAAUAGAAUUCUUCUCCAUUA